CCGGCUAGCAUGCCGAUCAAAACGCAUUGAAAGCUGAUGUAUGACGAUCAGCACAAGCCUCUCUUAGUCUUUAGUCGUAAUAGGCAGAAUACCAUCUUGAUUCGCCCCUGGACAGGCACGUUUCUGUUAGUUGGCGCUGUUCUGUGUUGCUUCGCCUGGAUAUCGAUGUCGAUCUUGGUCUAGAGGAGAGACUCGCGAUGACGACGCCGUGGAAGAACUACUGGGUAGACCGGCCUUGGAAGCCCGUCAAACCCCUUACGAAAGCGCUCACACCGACAACAUCUCGAGGUAUAAAGAGGACGUCGAUGCCACAAGAACUGAACAUCAUCACAACACAUCAACUCAUCUACUCCACUACCAAACAUCAUUCCAAACAUCUCAACCUUUCCACCAUCAAACACUUCACCAACAACCAUCAAAAUGCAGUUCUUCACCGUCAUCGCUUUCGCUGUCGCCGCCGCCGCUGCCCCGGCCCUUGAGUCCCGCCAGCUCCCCGUCUGCACUGGGGGCUCUCCCCUCUGCUGCGCUACCGACGUCCUCAACCUCGCUGACCUCGACUGCGCUACUCCUGCCACCACCCCCACCAGCACCAACCAGUUCAUCGACAUCUGCUCCGCCGCUGGCCAGCAGGCCAAGUGCUGCAUCCUGCCCAUCCUCGGCCAGGCUCUGUUCUGCUCCGACGUCAACCCCACUGCGGACACCACCGUCGUCACUGCUCCCUCUUCUUAAGCGGGUCGCCACGAUGACAUGAUCUGUAUAAUGUCUUGUACAGUAUGAGAUGGAAAUACUUGGUGCAUAUAUACAUAGGCGUUUAGGUCGCCGAAUAGGAAGUGACUAUCAGGUCAACGAUUUUCUUCUUAUGAUGGAUUUGAUAGGGAAUGGGUGGCAGCUGUCUAGAGUCCGAUACUCAAUGACACCUCUUUUGUGGAAAUGACUUUUGACUUGCCAUCGUGAUAAUGUUUCCAAUUGUGCUCACACCUUUCCUAUUUUUGUUCG